GCCCCCCGCCGUUUCUUUCUCUCAGCCCUUCCGCCAUUGGUCUGGUCCAUCGUUGCCCCGUUGCGCGCCAUGUCCUACACGAGUCAGCAACCGCCGACGGUGCACGUCAAGAAUGCCGACAUGUCGGACGAAUUCCGUGCGGCCGCCUGUGAGGUGGCCAUCGAGGCGAUAACCUCCUUCAAGCUUGAGCGCGAAAUCGCUGCCCACAUCAAGAAGACCUUCGACCAGCGUUACGGCAAGACCUGGCACUGCAUCGUCGGCAAGAGCUUCGGUUCCUAUGUGUCGCACGACUCGAGGCACUUCAUCUUCAUGCAGAUCGACCGGCAGAACAUCCUUCUCUUCAAGUCCGGUUGAUUGGCUGACAGGCUGACUGGUUGACUUCUCCCCUGCUUCACAAUUCCUUUGAUGGCCCUCUCUCUCUCUCUCUCUCUC